CAGAUUGAAUUUUAUGUCCUUGCUGCCGGAAAUACACCACCGCGAACGCUUGCAAUAUUUGAAGCACGAAAACAACGAAGAGGCCAAUCAUACAUGCAUGUACACUCGUCAAGAUGCCUUCAGCUUCGGCCAGUCCUAGGUCUUUUGAACAUGUUCUCCUCGACAAAAUUUCCAUUGAUGACGAAAGAUGGGAAUUCAAUAUAUCGAGGCUUCCAACUGCCGAAUCGGCAAACAGGCUGAAUCUCAUCAAAAUGGUCAGCCUCUCGACAAAAGAUUCGCGCCAUCGUCUUGAGCUCCGGUACGGGCCAGUAGAUAUGAACCGUGCUAUUCAAGAUGUUUCCUUGGACAAAUACCUUGUGGUGUCGCUCGCUGAGUUUCACUCUAUCAAAAGCGCCAAUUCUCCAUCCACGGUCGAAGGAAACGCCAGCAAGGUGAUACAGCCAACAACUUACAAGGAAUGUUCAGAAUAUGCCGUCAAGUUUCUUCGCGCCGGAAUCAGUAUACAGGGAGUGCACUACAACUUCUAUGGCCAUAGCAACAGCCAGCUAAAGUCUCGAACUUGCUACUUUUUGGCAGCUCCCAAAGAACAAAUCAGUCAAAAGAUUGAAGGGCUGGGAGAUUUUACCAAGAUGAAGACCGUUGCAAAAAAGGCAAAACGAAUUGGACUGCUCUUCUCAGUCGCACGCGCGGCUAUGAAAGUAGACCCGAAAAAGGUUGAAGACAUUCCAGAUAUCGAAGUAGGAGACUACGUUUUCACAGAUGGCUGUGGCUUGAUAGCCCCAGCACUGGCCAAGGAGCUUUCGAGACGCACAAGGAUUGUUUUUCGCAAUAUGAGAUAUACGCCUUCUGUAUUUCAGCUAAGAUAUCGCGGAUACAAAGGAGUGGUCACUUUGGAUCCCGCCAUGGCACAAGGCGGAACUUGGCUCAAAAUGAGAAAGUCGAUGAAGAAGUUUAGCGGAGGCGACGAUCUAUCCUUCUCUGUCGUAGAAUACUCAAAGCCAUAUGUAUUCGGGCAUCUGAACGACGAGGUAAUUGUGCUUCUGGAUGCCUUGGGAAUUAGCCGGAAGAUCCUCCUUCAAAAGCAACAAGAGCAUUUCAACUUUCUAGCUGAAGCAUACCAAGACCCGCGAGCUGCAUUCCGAGUUCUUUGCCACCUCGACAGGCCAGACCUUGCCGAGCGCGUUAUUAUUGAUUCGUUGGAUGCCGUGCGGCCAUCCAUCAACAGGCUCAUCAAUGCGGAGUAUGACAAAAUGCUAAAUAAACGUGAUGAGCAAAAAUGUCGCAUUUUAAUCCCAAAAUCAAGACUUUUAUUUGGAGUUUGUGAUGCUUGGGGCGUGUUGAGGCCCGGCCAAUGUGCUGUCAAAGUCACCAUGGACGGCGACGGACAGCCUUAUGCCUUAAGAGGCACGAAAGUGUUGGUGACGCGGAACCCUUGUUUGCACCCGGGCGAUCUUCAGAAGCUUGACGUUGUAGAAAGGCCAGAGCUCGCACAUCUUGUUGACUGUAUUGUUUUUCCAACGACGGGGCGGCGACCAGCCGCAGAUAUGAUGUCGGGAGGAGACCUAGACGGUGAUACCUUUUUCGUAACGUGGGAUCCGGACAUUAUUCCCUCUACAAUCUCGCAAGCAGCACAUUAUCCGGGAGUUCGUGAGCCCCUAAGAUUCACGCCAAUUACAGAUGAUGAUCGCCUACUCUACUUUGCCAAAUACACAAACGCAUCGCUGGGCCGUGUCAAGAAUCUGUAUCUCCGGUGGGCGAGAGCAACUAACGCCAUGAGCUCUCAGUGUCAAGAAUUGAACCGACUAUUCUCUCAGUGCGUGGACGGCAAUCGUAUCAAAGAUAGCCAGCUUGAUAAAUUUGCGAACCCACCAGAGCCAGAUGCAAAGGCGCCCCCUUUUGUUCUCGACGAGCUUCACGACGCAGCCAAGGAUAUUAUCGCAAAGCAGAAACUUCAGUCACGAAGCCGUACGGAUAGUCUGGAAGGCUACACUCUUGACGCGAUUCAAUUGUUGCUCUGUAGGGAUGAUAUUGCCAUUUCUGAAGCCGAAUUGAUCAGGAUGGCAGUGAGGUGGUGCAGAAGAACGAAUACUUCCUUUUAUCAUUUGCUGCACAUGUUUGACCUAAAUUCACUCAACUCAGAAGACAAAUCGUGGAUCUUGGCUCAAGUGCCUACAUAUGUCGAUGCCCCAAGUCUUGUUCUCAACGCUCUCUGCUCAUCAAGCCUCCUCACAGAGGCGGAGCUAAAACACUUCCAUCUAAACUAUCCAGGCAUGCACUGGAAGCGUGUUUACACGACCCAGCAAGAUCGACCCGCUACGUUCAUGGAAGCAACGUGUAGAAAUCUCGAGCUAUUUCACAAAAAGAUGAUAAUCUUUAGACCAAAUGAGCGACUGACAGUAGCCAUGUAUGUUCCGCAAAAGAUCACUCCAGCUGACGAUUUUGUUGUUGGCAGCAAGGUUAGGCUGUUUGCGUUCCCGCAUUCUCAGGGAAGAGAGACACAGAGCCGCCUCUCUUUACCGACGAAGAAAGAAUACCGGCUUUUCUGCGAUCAAAGUACAUUGCAGCUAUUUGAGGGCAAAAGAGGCAAUACAUGGAUCUACAUUGGCCGUGGAGGGUCGAAUGAUAGCAGCUACCGGAAUGCGCCUGGAGAGACAGACCGCCGGAAAGCGAGACAAGAGUCCCUUGACAAUGGUACGAAUUUUGACUUUAGAGCAAGCAUUGCGCUGAACAAGUUCAGUAAAAAUCUCCAGAGCCAUGUAGGACGGCUACAUAGGCAGGGUAUAUCUGACGCCGAGAUUUACAUCAUUAGUAAUAGAGAUGUCAGCUCUAUGCGCAACUUGGAUCUGUGGGAAGACUACAUUGAGACAGAGCAAACUCUCCCCUUAUUCCCCCGCGAGCCCAAAGAAUACGAUGUUCCAAAGCUUCAAGAUGUCGAUUGGUCUCUCGGUGCGCAGCCUCCGCUUGUAGUUGAAGUUGUAAGGAGGGGUAACAUAUCGGCCCUCCAAGAUGUGUUAGACUCUGCGACUCUGCGACAGUGUUUCCUUUGGCUGGUACAGAAGGAGCUGCGAGGGCUGCUUACACGCUGCUUCAAUCACUUAAUUACGAGCAUCAAGGAUGAUAAAGUGAUGGCACCAGCAGACACCCUUCGCACCAUGGUCGAAUUUACAGAAAGAAUGCCGUACGUCUCCGCGACGUUUGCUAAUCUGGGUUCGUGGAGAGAGUUACCAGAAGAGCUGAAUACCAUUCUUCAAAACGAGAGCCAUAGAUUGCUUCGCAGCGUUAUCCUAUCUGAAGCUGAAUUUGGAGAAUUGAUUUUGGUACCUUUUCACACCAUCUUGGACAAUGUGGAAUGGUUAACGCUCUCCUCGUUUUCCGACCUUGUUGAGCUCAUUGCCCUUACAGUUCAUUCGCCGAGUACAGCUUUGGAUCUCCUCCUUGAAGGUCUCGACCAACAAAGCUCCAGGUUGCUAACUGGUCGACCAGCCAUCAUUCAGCACUUUGUCCAUAAUCUUAUCGGCAUCGCUGUGGAGCAUAUCGGGGCUGUAAAAGAGGAAGCCAAAGCUAGAGAUGAGCUUCUGAGCAUCCGAGUCAUCAGUGAUGAGAAAGGAGCAGGACAAGAUCGGUCUGGCACUCCAGUUGAAGUAUCUUUCAGAAUAGAUGCCCCUGGUGGCACUCCGUUGGCAAAAACUCAUGUACGCCUCAUCGCAGCUAGCCCGCCUUCAAGCUCGAUACUGGAUAAGACUUAUUCGAUGGACGGCCUGGUUAUAGAGAGCAAGUCGGGGAUGGCAAAGAUACGCUGCUUUCAUCCUCCACCAUCGUAUGCCGAAAGUUGUUCCUGGAUUCUAGAAGAAUGCGGCUUAUAUGUAACUGCAAAGACGAUGCUGGACGCUGUGCUGGACCUUGGGACAGAUGAUGACUGCUGUGGAGUGAUUGACCAAAUCAUUGGAAUUCAGCCUCAAAGUAUCGCCAAUACAGCUCCUAGGGACGCAAAGGACACUUUAAUAUCAGGCUUGACAUUGUCUGAAGCAGAUGCUUCAUUGAACACAAGCCAGAGAUCAGCGGUAGAGGCGGCACAAAAGAACAAGCUCAUUUGUCUUUGGGGUCCUCCAGGAACCGGCAAAACACAAACCAUUGUCGCCAUCAUUAGAAAGCUCCAGCAAGACCCGAACACCGAAAGAAUCUUAGUCACUGCUCCAACUCACAAUGCCGUGGACAACGUUAUGAGAAGAUACCUUGGGCGAAUCAGCAAAGAAGGUCUCCUACAAAGCCCUAAAAUAACCCCUCUGCGUGUCUCGACCGAAGUCCGAAAAGUAGGCGAAGAUUUACGAAAGUACACAUGCGAUGCAUUGGCCGGCCAGGAAAUAUACUCCAGCCAUGCCGCCCAGCGCCAGGCUAAGCAGCGUGUGAAAGCUGCUCAAAUAAUCUUCACGACGUGCAUUGGGGCUGGAUUGGGUUUGCUUCGAGGCCAAGUGUUUGACACGGUGGUUGUCGACGAAGCUUCACAGCAGACAGAGCCUGCGUCGCUUGUGCCGCUGGUGAAAGGUUGUCAGAAGGCAAUCCUUGUGGGCGAUCACGUCCAGCUGAGGCCGACGGUACAAGAGUUCUCGCCUGCACUGAAUUUUGAUAUCUCGCUGUUUGAGCGGUUGUAUACCCGACAGGGAACAACGCCUGGCAUGGCGAAGAUCAUGCUGGAUACACAGUAUCGGAUGCAUCCAUCUAUAUGCGACUUCAUCUCGAAGGAAUUUUAUGAGGGCAAGCUAUUGUCUGGGCUAAAGGACAGCGAUAGACCAAUGCCGCCGUCAUCAUUCGCCUGGCCAGAUUCCCUCGCUACUAAUACCUCAUCAUCAUCAUCAUCGUCUGUCUCUCGGAUGAUCUUUGUCGAGUGUUCUGGGAGGGAAGAUCUAGGGCACAAGUCCAAAUCCAAUAAAGAGCAAGCAGACCUGUGUCUUUCAAUUUGCAAGCUCUUACGCUCGGCUCCAGCUCCAGCAGCAUCUUCCGCUGAAACCAGUGUCAAUGGCGCACAGCCCACUGGCGAAAAUAAUGAGAAUACUACUUCCAUAGCCGUACUGACACCUUAUUCACGACAAUCGGAGAUUCUCAAAAAGUUGCUUUCGGGAAUUCCAAACGUUGAAAUCUCCAGCAUCGACGGCUUCCAAGGGCGCGAAGCUGACAUUGUCAUUUUCGUCACCGUCCGCUGUAACGAGAGCCGGGAGAUUGGGUUUCUCAAGGACUUGCGUCGCAUGAAUGUGGCACUUACUAGAGCGAAGCUGGGGCUGAUUAUUGUAGGGAACAAGGCGACUCUGACGGGUGGAAACGAAGAGGAAGAAAGCACGGGGGUUUGGAGGAGGCUCAUGGGACAGCUUUCUAUCGUUGCUCUUUGAAGAUGUAUCGUAGUAGUAUUAUCAGGGAGGAUUUAUCAAGAUUGUAUAAGAGCAGGCCGGCAAAAAAUGGCAAAUAGUUCUCAUGAAGCGCUUACUGAUUGAAUAUCCGGUGAA